AUGCCCGGCCAACAGCUGAGCCAGAAGAAAUGCGGCAGUUCAGCCAAGACUGGAGAAGGGUGGUUGGAGGGUCAAGUCGGGAGAACCACAGCCAUAGGGCAGAGCCGGGUAAACCGUGACCAGUGGGCCGAAGCCCAGGCCCAGACAAUUAAGUCCAUCUGGGACAGCUGGCCGACACUCGCAGCCCAGGCCAAGAGACAAAGCCCCCCAGGCCAGCUGGUAGACCCCCACAGCCAGGGCCAAAACAGGCUGAAGCUGCCCUUGCGGACCUGGUCCCGACCGUUUGAGUCAGAGGGCUCCCAGAAGCACAACCAGAAUGAGUAUGAGGAGUCUGCUGGGGAGUGCUGCUCCUGCCCGAAGACCAAUGCUCAAAUUCUGAAGGAGCUGGAGGAGUCCUCCUUCUGGAAGACAUUUGAGGAUUACCUGCACAAUGUGUUUUUUGUCCCCAGAAAAUCCUCUUCAGGGUCUGAUGCCGAGGACAGUAGGCCAUCAAGGAAACGCAGGGCCCUUGGUGAUGAGGGCAAUGUGACGACGGCCGUGCCCACAGCUCCCAGUUUCCCCAAUACCUCCUCUACCAGUGCGCCCACAAACUCGGAGGAGCACCGGUCCUUUGAGAAGGUGGUGAACAAAGAGUCACUGGUCAUCUCCGGCCUGCGCCACUUCACUGGCUAUCACAUCGAGCUGCAGGCUUGCAACCAAGAUGCCCCCGAGGAAAGAUGCAGCGUGGCAGCCUACGUCAGUGCCAGGACUAUGCCCGAAGCCAAGGCAGAUGACAUUGUUGGCCCCGUGACCCAUGAAAUCGAGAGCAAUGGCGUUCAUUUGAUGUGGCAGGAGCCCAAGCAGCCCAACGGUCUGAUCAUGCUAUAUGAAGUGAGUUACAGGAGACACAGCGAUGAGGUAAGACCCUUGACACCUGGAUGUGAGCCCACAAGGCUGCCGUUGGUAUCUCCUCCCUUUCCUUAACUUCUGGCCCAAACACUUCUCUUGUUAGAUGCUUCCCUGUUAGGACUCAAAGCCUUGAUACGUAACUUUCCAUGGAGGUGGGGCAGAAAUGCCAGUCCACAAACUCUGUUCAGUAGUUUCUCAUGUUGCUUUUCAGGUCUGCCCUACAAGUUGAAUGCUGGCUGCCUGCGCUUGUCC